UUAUAUUCUGAGAAAUAUGAGACAGCAAAGCUGCGACUACUAGUUUUCCCAAGCACUGCGAGGUGAUUAAACAUUGAAUAGUCAUGAGUCGGGAGGAAAAUUAGUCUCGAUUGACGCAUUUUUCGCCCACAGGCUGUUUGUGCGUAUCGCUGGGAGUGGUCGUGCUGAACAUGGCUGGACAGUAAAAUGGACGGAAAAGAAGGGAUCAAGGCACACUCAGGUUGAGACAAAACUUGAUUGAGGUGACUCGAUUAUUCGAGGUGACUUGGUCGCGCUGUUUUCUGGAGACUGUUCCGUGGGACAGGAAUAGAGUAGUUGUAGAAAGGUAAACGUUUCUGAAUGAAUCGAGUAGUAUAUUUUCUGAUUGCAUAAAAAAGUGCGCUGCAUUUCCCCUCCUUUUAAAACCAUGGGUGGGUGCCUGGGCACGGUUCCUCAGCACCCAAACUACGCCAUGAACGGAGGUUUUCCCAACGGAAUGGAGCUAGGACUGCUUCGUCAGAACAUGGGCGGCUUCAUGGACCCACGCUUUAGUGUCAAUGGUGACAUGCUGGGUAAUGGCGGCAUGGUGCCGAUGAACGGUAUGGCGCAGAAUGGCCGAAUCGGCUACGCACAAGCAGCCGGCGGCGUCCCCCCUCCUACCCCACCGACGGGGAUGUGCGGUGGGUACGGUGGCCCACCCGCCCUACCCUCACGCUGCAACAGCAGUAGUGGCAAGAAGGAGAUCUUCAUCGCACUGCAUGACUAUGCGGCUCGUACAACCGAGGACUUGUCGUUUCGUAAGGGUGAAAAGUUAGAGAUCCUGAACAUGAUGGACGGGGACUGGUGGCAAGCCAGAAACAUCGUCACCAAGAAACGUGGAUACAUCCCUUCUAACUACGUAGCACCUGCGUCUUCUCUACAGGCAAAACCGUGGUUUUUCGGGAAAAUCAAGCGGAUGGACGCGGAGCGGCAGCUGCUGAAGACCGGGGAACAGGGCUCCUUCCUGGUGAGGGAGAGCGAGAGCAAGCUCGGAGAGUUUUCCCUGUCACUCCGAGAUGUCAAUAGUGUCAAACACUACCGUCUAGGCCGGUGGGCAAACGGGGAGUUCUACAUCAACCGCCGCACGACGUUCCCAGACCUGGCCUCCCUGGUCGACCACUAUUCCACUGCCUCCUAUGGCCUUUGCUGCACCCUCAAAAAACCACUAGAAGUCAUAGAAAAGCCACAGAUCGACCUUUGCUACAACACCAAGGACCAGUGGGAGAUUCCGAGGGAAUCUCUGAAGUUGAUUAAGAAGCUCGGACACGGCCAGUUUGGAGAGGUGUGGCAGGGUGUGUGGAACAACACCACUCCCGUCGCAAUCAAGACUCUCAAACCGGGAUCGAUGUCACCAGACGCCUUCCUUCAGGAGGCCGCCAUCAUGAAGAAGUUACGUCAUCCCAAGUUGAUCCAGCUGUAUGCCGUGUGCACGAUGGAAGAACCAAUCUACAUCGUCACGGAGCUCAUGUCCAACGGCUCUCUCCUGGACCAUCUACAGAGAGAUAAAGGUAAUGCGCUACGUUUGCCAGAGCUGCUGGACAUGGCGACCCAGGUGGCCUCAGGUAUGGCGUACCUGGAGCAGAACAACUACGUCCAUCGUGAUCUUGCAGCCAGGAACGUUCUCUGUGGUGACAAUAACAUCUGCAAGGUCGCCGACUUUGGUCUGUCAAGGUUAAUGCGUGACGGGGAGUACAACGCCAGUGAGGGCGCCAUGUUCCCCAUCAAAUGGACGGCGCCAGAGGCCGCCCUGUACAGCCGCUUCUCUAUCAAGUCUGACGUGUGGUCCUUCGGUAUCCUGCUGUAUGAGCUGGUGACAUAUGGCCGCAUGCCGUACCCGGGCAUGACUAAUGCAGAGGUUCUGACUCAGGUAGAGAAGGGGUACCGGAUGCCCUGCUCCCCGGGCUGCCCCGACAGUCUGUACCAGAUCAUGCGGGACUGCUGGAAGAAGGAGGAGUGUGAGCGGCCAACCUUCGAGUCACUGCAGUGGCGGCUGGAGGAUUUCUUCGCGCUGCAGGGUAGCGACUACAGCGAGGCAGACGUCAUUAAGUAAACAUUGCCUCUUACACCACAUCCAAAUCUUCUUUGCUUCAUUGGUCUGUCGUGCGUGUGUACAAAACAUGAGAUUGGCAGGUUGGCCUCUCACAUGCACUUACAUUUGUACACGACAGAGUUAACUGGAGGCAUCUGUACGCCUUGAUGAUACUUUCUUAUCAGAACAAUGUUAGUACAUCGAAUGCAUAAGUAGCAAAUAUAAUAAAGACAAACAGUCAUUUCAAUACAUCAUUUACACCCAAGACACAAAUUCCUGGUUAGGACAUUUACAUUCCAAAAAAAAAUACAUUUGGUAGUCAAAAUUUGUCUUCAACUCAAAUGAAAUCGAUGUGACAUACAAAUCUAUUGAAAGUUAGAAUAAAUAGAAACACACCAGGUAAUGAAUCCAUGUCAUGUUAAAGAGCUGAUUUGAUUUGAAGAGAUGAUGAUUAUGUGUUGUUUGAAAGAAUUAAUAUUUUAGCGAAUACGUAAGUUGUACUGAGGCAUUGUUGUCCAUCCUUUUAGAGCUUGGCAAUGAUUAAGAAUGAAACAAUGAACAGAUUUACUAAUGGUCUGUCAAGAGACGUCGAUUGCUACUUCUGGUGUUACAUACUCAUGAGUCAUUGAAAAAAAAAAGACAGGCAAAGGCUUGCAAGCUUCAUGGUUUUAGUACUUGAACAUGUUUUCUCUGUUUAGCUUGCGAAGUCGUGUCCGUGAAGUCUAUGUGCAAUAUGAUAUCCUUGAGAUGUAUGAAAUAUUUAUUAGUAAAAAAUCUUCUCGGCAUUCAAGGUAAGACAUUGGCUCACUAACCAUACAAAAAGCUGAUUUUUGUAAGAUCUUCUACGUCCCAAGGGUAUAAGCUGGAUUAUUCAGGAUAGUUGUUCUAAUAGUACAGAAUUGAUUAACCUGUUCAGGUGUAAUGUUGAAUAAGGAUUAUUUGUCCUCAAAUAAGCUUACAAAAGUAUAGAAAUCGUCACUGUGAUAGAAUGUAUCAACACUUUGAUCGCAAAAAUGUCAUCGCAUUUUGUCCUUGGAUGUUUUAUUUUUAAAUUGAUGCUUUCUUACCCAAGUAUAGGCAGCAAACCUUUACAUGUAUACUAAUUCUGCUGAAAAUAUAAAUGUCUGUUGCAAUUUGUGGUAUUCAACCCUGAAAUAACGGACAUUCCGGAUACCCUUGGACAAUAAUGUUAUAUUUUGAGGCACCUUUUGUUUACGUAAUUCAAAUUUAUCAUAAAGUCUAGAGGAAAUAUAAAUUUCUGUUGUAAUUUGUGUUAUCCAUCCCUAAAAUAGCGGACAUUCUAGAUACCCUUGGGCAAUGAUGUUGUAUUUUGAGGCACCUUUUGUAUACUUAAUUGAAAUCUAUCAUAAAGUCUCAAGAAAAUAUUAAGGUCUGUUUUAAUUUGUGUUAUCCAACCCUGAAAAAGCGGACAUUCUAGAUACCCUUGGAUAAUAAUCUUGUAUUUUGAGGCACCUUUUGUAUACUUAAUUCAAGUGUAUCAUAACGUCUAAAGAAAAUAUAAAUGUCUGUUGCACGUUGUAAUCUGUGGUAUCCAACCCUGAUAUAGCGGACAUUCUAGAUACCCUUCGACAAUGAUGUUAUAUCUUGAGGCAACUUUUGUAUACUGAAUUACAAUAUAUCAUAAAGUCUAAGGAAAAUGUAAAUGUCUGUUGAAAUGUGUGGUAUCCAACCCUGAGAUAGCGGACAUUCUAGAUACCCUUGGACAACAUAAUCAUUUUAAGAGUACAAUCAGGGGCCUCACGUUCAAAAACGUGUUCAAAAUGCAAUGCACUGCAGCAUAGUUCGUGUAUAAGUCGCUAGGUGGCAGCAUGUCACAACAUUUUAAUAUCUUACCAUUGCUGAAAGUGUGUGCUAUAUUUGCUUGAGUCAGUUGGCUUGUCCCUUUCGCAAAGUAACAAUAAAACAA